CCAGCAGGCGACUGGCUACAGAGCGGCUGGCAGCCAUGCAGUGUUGCGAGGGUCUCGUCAUCGCCUAUACUACGGCUCUCGCUUUCGCAGGCGUCUUGUUCUGUUACCGACAGGUGUUUGUACGCAAUGCCUUCAGUUACGGGCGCUACAUAAAAACGAUUGCCGGAGGUACUGAACUUGGGGCAAAAGUCGCCUGGUUCAUCCAGGAGCUGCCUGCUUUCCUGGCCCCCGUCCUUCUGUGCUGCUAUAAAAUGACGCCGAGCCCCGUCGCCGCCAAGAUGCUGCUCGGGAUGUUCUGCGGGCAUUACUUUCAAAGGACCUUCAUCUACUCCCUGUUGACCCGGGGCCGACACUCCCCUCUUGACAUUGUGAUUGCUGCCAUCAUCUUUUGCACCAUGAAUGGCUUCUUUCAAGGACACUAUCUGCUCCACUGUGCCAUCUACAGUGACGCCUGGCUCACGGAUAUCAGAUUCAUCCUUGGUUCGAUUAUUUUCUUGCUGGGGAUGGCAGUUAAUAUUCACAGCGACCACAUCCUGCGUAACUUGCGGACACCAGGAGAGAUUUCUUACAAAAUACCAAGAGGUGGCCUGUUUGAAUUUGUCUCUGGAGCCAAUUUCCUAGGCGAAAUCGUGGAGUGGUUCGGCUAUGCCUUAGCCUCCUGGUCACUGCCCGCAUUUUCCUUUGCCUUCUUCACUUUGUGCUCGAUUGGACCCCGCGCCUAUCAUCAUCACAAGUAUUACCUGGAGAAGUUUGAAGACUACCCAAGAUCACGUAAAGCACUGAUACCUUUUGUAUUUUAGGCAUCAGUUUAAAAAUUAGUUGUACCUUCACCGGAAUUAAACCAUUUUAGUCCACGGUGAUGUGGCAGUUGCAUAGUGUGGAAGAAAUUAGUCAAUCCUUUCAUUUAGAGAAUAAAAACAAUAUCCCUCUUUGGCAGAUGACAUGAAUGUGAGUGGCACAAAGGCUUGAAAAUCCUUGGAACUUCCAAAUCAGAUGUAUUUCUUUUAUUCUGUGACAGAAAUGUAAAUAGUAUGUGCUAUGUUAAAUAGGCAAACUAGUAAAAAAAUAUAUUAAAGUAUUAAGGUUUAA